AUGCGGCGUUGUACUCUUAUUUCUAUUUCUCUUUUUGUUUCGGCUUUAUUAAUAUUGGGUUUAUUCCUGCUUAUUCCCUUCCCUCUGGCUAUUUUCCAAAAAAUCGUAGAUUCUCAAGUAUAUAUCCAAAGAAACAGUAAAGGCCAGUUUCCUAAAUCAACUUACUAUUGGAGCAACUUACCGGCCAUUCAACAUUUUGACUUUUAUUUUUUCAAUGUCACCAACCCCGAUGAAGUACUGUAUAAUGGAGCUAAAGCUCAUGUGCUUCAAGUUGGUCCCUACUCUUAUGCAGAAAGAGAAUUCAAGGAAAAUAUAAAUUGGAUGAAUGGAGACAACAUGGUUUAUUAUUCCAACAAUAAGACAUGGACAUUUGAUCCUCAAAAUUCGUGUACAACAUGUGGUUAUGAAGAUCCAUUAAAUAUGCCGAAUUUGCCUUUUAUGACAUUACUCAAAAUGAAAAUAGAUAACAACCUAAAUGACUUUGCUGUCAAGGUUUUGGAUAUCUUCUCUCUCUUACUCGGAGAAUAUCCACUCAGAGUUGUCCCCAUGGCCGGAGCAACUUUCAGUGGCUACAAUGAUCCUUUGAUCGAUUUCAUGAACAGCAAUUUAUCAAUAGCUCUCAGUAAAACAUUUGGAAUCAGCUUCCCUCAACAGCCAGCAGGUGGAUUCUUCCCAUAUUAUAAUCAUACGGCAGAUGGUAGUUACUAUACAUUAACAGGAAAGGAUAACGUCAACAAUUUGGGAUUAAUCCAAAAGUGGGUUAACUCAUCCCAUUUACCAUGGUGGAGAGAUGAUAAUGCUCAAGAUAUUUCCAAUUCUGGAGAUGGAUCAUUCCAGAAACCCAAUUUGAAGAAACAGGAUCAGUUGAAACAAUUUCAGUCUUUUGUUUGCCGCUCCUUCUACUUGAAUUAUGAUUCAAGCGUCUCAAAUAGGAAUAUACCUGCAUAUCGAUUCAAGAUGGAUGAUGAUACCUUCGAUACGACUUUAAGAAAAAACAAAGGAUAUCAAUAUGAGAAUUAUGAAAAAAUAGACUACUUCCCUACAUGGCCGUGUGGUGCUGAUCACCAGUAUAAUGCAACUGCUGGUUGUAUAGUCGAUUGCUCUCAAAGAGAAAACUGGUGCAGCAGUUGCUGCAAUGGUACUCAUUACAAAGAUACUGUGUUUUUGCCACCAGGCAUGUUCCCUCUCAGAUGUUUCCCAGGAAAAUACGAGUUGCUUCCUUUGGCUGCUUUCAUUUCUCCUCCACAUUUCAUUUGGUCUCCUCCGGAAGUUCAAGAAAACGUUUAUGGAUUACAACCUGAUCCAGCAAUUCAUCAUCCAGGAGUGUUUGACAUCAAUCCCGUAACUGGCUCAACAGUAGGUGGAUUUUUCCGGACGCAGUUCAAUGUGCCCAUCUAUAACUCACAACAGUUCACGGUUCCAUCCACAAUUCGCAACAGCUUCAUUCCUUGCUUUUGGUUGAACUUGAGAAUUGAAAUGCUUGAUUAUUCUCAUAACUAUUUAUUAUUCAAUACUGUUACCUUGCCACACAUCAUAUUAGGAGUAGGAAUCGGAUUAACAGCGGUUGCCUGCCUAUUAUUAGUUCUACUUGUAAUCUGUUAUGUAAGGAGCAGACGAACGAAGAAAUCAUCAUCGUUUGAACCAAGUAACGGUACUUAUGUCACCAGAGAUUGGUGA